GAAACAGCCUUGUUCUGAAAGGUCCACCCGGAAGUGGUUUAGGAAGCCAAAUGGUGGCUUGAUGCAGCUAGCAAAACUUGAGAAUGGACUCAGGAGACAAGUCAGUUAGUUUGACGAGGAGAAAAUCCGAGCGUCCGUGACGUGACCACAAGUAUCAACACUUUCACAACAUUAUUGGCAGCAAUGUCGAGAGAAAACACCACCCGAAGUUUGGACAGCAUAGACCUUGCUGCGCUCAGAGAUCCAGCAGGUAUCUUUGAGUUGGUGGAGGUGGUGGGCAAUGGAACAUACGGUCAGGUGUACAAGGGUCGUCAUGUCAAAACAGGACAGAUGGCAGCUAUCAAAGUCAUGGAAGUCACAGAGGAAGAAGAAGAGGAAAUAAAGCUGGAGAUCAACAUGUUGAAGAGCUAUUCCCAUCAUAGGAACAUUGCUACUUAUUAUGGCGCUUUUGUGAAGAAGAAUCCUGCUGGACAGGACCACCAGCUCUGGCUUGUGAUGGAGUACUGUGGAGCCGGCUCCGUGACAGACUUGGUGAAAAAGACAAAGGGUAACUGUCUGAAAGAGGACUGGAUCGCUUACAUCUGCCGAGAGGUGCUCAGGGGUCUUUCCCAUCUCCAUUCCCAUCAUGUGAUUCACAGGGACAUUAAGGGACAGAAUGUUUUGCUUACAGAGAAUGCCGAAGUCAAACUUGUGGAUUUUGGGGUUUCGGCACAGUUGGACAAGACGAUCGGUCGAAGGAAUACCUUUAUUGGUACGCCAUAUUGGAUGGCUCCGGAGGUCAUCGCUUGUGAUGAGAACCCCGAAGCCACAUAUGACUACAGGAGUGACCUCUGGUCUUUAGGCAUCACGGCUUUAGAGAUGGCAGAAGGAGCACCUCCUCUGUGUGACAUGCACCCAAUGAGAGCUCUGUUUUUGAUUCCAAGGAACCCUCCACCGAGACUCAAAUCAAAGAAAUGGUCCAAGCGCUUUUUAUCGUUCAUUGAUAGCUGUCUAGUUAAGAACCAUCUGCACCGACCCACAACAGAUGCCCUGCUGAGGCAUGCCUUCAUCCGAGAUUUGACGAAUGAGAGACAAGUGCGCAUCAUGCUCAAGGAUCACCUGGACAGAACCAGAAAGAAGAAGGAGAAAGAGGGUCCCGAGUACGAGUACAGUGGUAGUGAAGAGGAAGAGGACGAGGUCACAGAGGAGGAAGGCGAGCCCAGCUCCAUCGUUAAUGUACCUGGCGAAUGGACGUUACGGCGAGAGUUUCUACGUUUGCAGACAGAGGAUCGAGCAGAAGGUCGACUGAGGGCUAACAGAGUUGGUGCAGAUCAGCAGAGGCAGCAAGCUUUGCAACAAUUAGAACAGGAGCGAUACAAGCAGCAGUUACUGGCUGACAGACAGAGGAGAAUCCAACAACAACAUGAAAAACGGCAAAUAUUAGAGGAUCAACAACGGCGGCAACUGUCAGAUGCCGCCUUUCAGUGGGCGGAACUUCAAGAGAUCAUGCUCGGCGAGGAAUAUCAUCGCCAAGACAACGGAAUCCUGAAAGAUGACAGAUAUCAGAGGAGUGAUAGGAAACAGGACCAUGCCGAGAGACAGUGGAAUGCCGAUGCGUCCAAAAGGCCUCUGGAAUCAGAGCAGAGAGCCGUGGCUCCCAACCAGCUGCUUCAGCUUAAGGCCAAGCAGCCUCGUCUGCAGUCGCAAGCCAAGCCCCAGCUUCUGAGCCAGCAUCAGCAGCCCGCAGCAGGCAGGAGAUCCCACCGCACCCUGCCUAAAGACCAAACGCAGCUCCUGUCCCUGCAGCAUGACCACAGACACAGAGAGCGAGAGCGAGAGCGAGAGAGAGAGCGGGAGAGACACAGAGAAAAGCCAGAGGCACCUGUCCAACAGCUAAUGGCUAACAGUGGGAACACGGCCACUCCUGCCGCUACUGCCGCUGCUUCCUCGCACAGCCGCCCUGCAAAUUGCCAGCGCUCAGCGGUGGAUUACCAGGACUCAAAUAUAGCCAGGAUGCUUAUUGCUGCUGGCCUUCCCAGCCAGAUGCACUCACGGCUCGGCUCUGGGAGCAGCUCUAGUCCUUGUACCCCUGCCAUGCAGAGAGCUCACCUCCACCAGAAUGCCAAUCUGAGCUCAAGUCGAGGUGCCUCCCACAGCAGCUCGAUGUCAAACAUGGCGAUCACGUCUUUGUCCCCCUUCUCACCAAUGUCAACCACCGAUGAAGUCUUCUGGGACGCCGAGACCCCACCUAAGGUCCCGGAACGUACUACCUCGAAGUUCUACUGCAGAGAGCUGGUGAAGGGACACAGGAGGGCUGCUUCCAGUGGUAGUCCAGUGCUCAUGACAGAUAAAGGUUCAAGGUCCGUGUCUCAAGGUGGGACCAGUAGCCAUCCAGACUACUUGAAGCAGGACAGUCCAUGUGUGCAGCAACGUCGGCAGCAUCACAGACGGCAGCAGGACGACAUCCCCAGCAGACAUUCACAACAGGGAUUCAAGUCUGCUCUGAGCCCAUUCAACAAGGCCACAGAGUACUCGUCCUCCAGUGAUGAGUUUGACAGCAGUGAUGAUGAAGACAGGAACAGUUCUGGCCUCUCUAAUGGAAAGGGGGAGAAGUAUUUCAAACAAUUUCCUGAUGGCAUCGUGCUGCAACCUCAUCACAACCUUAACCAGCUGUCUCAGAUGACAUCAGAUGACACCUACAUGCUACCAGACCUUCUGCAGAAGAUAUCCUCACCCACGUCUUCUCGGACAGGAGAGCACAGUUACUCACGGUCACCCACAGCACCACGAUCACCCACCCACCGGGAACUCCAUACUUUCAGCAGUCCAACUGGCAAAAACAUCUCCUCAUCAUCCUCUUCCUCCUUCUUCUCCUUCAUUGAUCCAAGAUUGAUCCCAAUAUCUUCACCACCACAAAGCCCCACAUGCAGUAAGGGUGAGCCAAUCAAGCGAGAGAACCACAGGAAGGGAUCUGUGGUCAACGUGAACCCAACUAAUAUUCGACCACAGAGUGACUCUCCUGAGAUCCGCAAAUACAAGAAGAAAUUCACUGCUGAGGUUCUCUGCGCUGGACUGUGGGGAGUGAAUCUAUUGGUUGGGACAGAGAAUGGUCUCUGGCUGCUGGACAGAAGUGGUCAGGGGAAGGUCUACUCACUCAUCAGCAGAAGAAGGUUUCAGCAGAUGGAUGUGCUGGAAGGACUCAACGUGCUCAUCACCAUAUCAGGUAAGAAGAACAAGCUCCGCUUGUACUACCUGUCCUGGUUGAGAAAUAAAAUCCUCAGGAAUGACCCGGAAGUGGAGAAGAGGCAAGGUUGGACGUCUGUUGGUGAUCUGGAAGGUUGUGUUCACUAUAAAGUGGUGCGAUAUGAGAAGAUCAAGUUUCUAGUGAUUGCGCUGAAGAAUGCAGUAGAGGUUUAUGCCUGGGCACCCAAACCCUACCAUAAGUUCAUGGCCUUUAAGUCCUUCAGGUCUUUGCAGCAGAAGCCGCUGUCUGUAGACCUGACAGUGGAGGAAGGUCAAAGGUUAAAGGUUAUCUAUGGUUCUUCAUCUGGUUUCCAUGCCAUUGAUGUAGACUCUGGGACCCCAUACGACCUCUAUCUGCCUACGCAUAUCCAGGGUUCCAUCCAUCCCCAUGCCAUCAUUAUUUUGCCAGACAGUGCCGGAACAGAGGUUCUUGUUUGCUAUGAAGAUGAGGGCGUCUACAUUGACACCUAUGGCCGCAUCACCAAGGAUACGGUUCUGCAAUGGGGAGAGAUGCCUGCAUCUGUGGCCUACCUGCAGUCCAACCAGGUGAUGGGUUGGGGAGAAAAGGCGAUUGAGCUCAGGUCUGCAAACACGGGGAACCUGGAAGGAGUUUUCAUGCACAAAAAGGCCCAAAAACUCAAGUUCCUGUGUGAAAGGAAUGACAAGGUCUUCUUUGCAUCCGUGCAGUCAGGAGGCAGCAGCCAGAUAUACUUCAUGACGUUGGGUCAGAACUCUCUGUUCAACUGGUGAGAAAUGGACCUGCGACACAGGAAGCAGCUGCUCGCGUCGGACUCCAUCAUCCUGGAUUUUUUUUCCACGCUUGUCAAAGUUUGUCAUACAAAGACGACACGCUGACACAAUUUUGGAGCUGAAGAACUGAGUUUGACACGUUCACUGGAUUUGUUUCUCCUGGUCAGCUCAACUUGUGGAUCGUCUGUUAGCAUCUAACGUAGAAGUUCAGAGGUUCUGCUACUGAAGGAGUCAAAGGUGGAAAACCAGAAAUGGAUGCGCUUUGAAAGGCUUUUAUCUAGUGGGAACUUAUGUUCUGUAAUUGACUUGAUGAGCUAAAGAUUGAACACCAACCAACCGAUGAAGACCAUCGCGGUUGUGUUGUACUCAUCAUAAUUCAAAGUGACAAUCCCAAGACAAACAUUUAUUAUUUGACCUCCUUAUGUGAAGAAGUCAGACUUUUUGAGCAGGGUUUGCCUAAGUGUUACAUUCCUCCAUGUAUUGAUUUCUAUUGCUCUCAGAAAAUGUGCCAAAUGUUUUUGUUUUUUUUGCUAUUUGGUUAUUGUUAUGGACUUAGUAUUACUGUAUAUUACAGCUGGUUCUGUGAAUAUUUGUGACUGGAAAAGUGGAUUGUUGCAAUGUUUGCUUCCAGAGGAUGGGACGCUACACAGCCGUCAUGACAGGUUGGUGCAGAGAAUCAAGCUUAUUUUGGGCAAAAAUAUCAACUAUGAACUUAAACGACAUCCAAUUCGGGGUAUUCACAUAUUUCAGUAUUCACAGCCACGCACAUUGGGAAUUUUUGCUAUUGUAUUGUCACAUUUCAUUCACCAAAGUCAGUAAUCAUUUCAAAAUAUGUUAAUACUUGUACAGCGACUCAAUUCACACUGCAGGACUGCCAUAGUCAAGUCGUAAUCUCCUACGCAAAAUAACGUGGUUAAGAAAACGUUGAUUGUGGUUGUCCAGAGUCCUUGAAACUGCCACAAAUGCAGCAGAACUGGGGGGCCAUGUUUCUUCUGUAAACACACUGUGUGGAUAUGUGUCACUUCCUGGAUGCAUCGGUCCGAUUUUAACAAAAAAAUCAGAAUUGGCCAUCGUACCCUGCAGUGUGAAUCUCGCCUGUUUCUUUGUUUUCUUGAUUACAGUAGAUCUUUUUGGCCUAAAUUACUGUAUUAAACUGCUUCUGGUUCCAGUUAAUAGUUGGAAGAUCCUAUGUGACCCAGCUCCAAGCUAGUGACCCGGCUCCAGGCUAGUGACCCGGCUCCAGGCUUCUCCCCCAGUCUGAUAUCAAUCAUCUGAUGCUGUCAGUCAUUUCCAGGAGGUUAGUCUUCAAAGCCGCGUCAUGCUUCCUGAGAUCACUCAGUAGCCCAAUCCAGGAUUUGGCCAAAGCUGUUUUAUUCAGUACAGGGUUGAGAUGGAAGAACCCAUUUCUUAGUCAAGAGAACUGAUGGUUCUUUGGGAAUCGUCAUCACUAUUGCCCCGCUACUGAUUGAGGCCGUGAUGCAUGACGCUUACAUCUCAACCUUCCACCGCCGCCAACGCCUCGUCUCUUUUCGCUUUGUCAACACGUCCCAGGUGAUCCCUCCUCCUCUCUACUUUCAUCUUCCUCCGCUUCACAUCUUCCUGUCUUUGUUCCAACAUCUCAUCUGCAGUAGUUGUAGUUGCAUCACUCGGCUUCUGGUAGCGUCGCCGAAUGCAGUCGGUGCGUAUGGAAAGACAAGAUGGAAGUUGGUGUUUGCUGCAGGUUUUGUUGCUAGAAGGACCUUGAAUGUUGUGUUAAGAUGCUUUUUGGGUUUUUACUGACAAACUGAAACUGACUUCAUCACAAAAUAACAUUGGAAUGACGUGAAUAAGUGGUCAGGUGACCAGGAAGUCAGCAACUCUCGAUUAGAAACAACUGGGUGCUUGUCAGUUAUGCUGACAGGCAAAGUUGAUGAAAUACAGUAUUAUGUAAUUAAAAAAAUAUCCUCCUGUUAAUGUUGCUUAGGGUUAUCUUUGCACUGGAUUGACGUGUAUGUGUAACAUGCUAAUGUACGUAUGUUUGUAUGCAAGGACGCGGAUGACAAGA